AUGGGAAGCCUUGUUGAGAAGCUUCUGCAUCCAAUGGAUGAGGAGCAUGUGAAGUCCGAUGAUGCCAAUGUUAAAAAUGAUCAAUCUGGUGGUCAGAAAAACAUUAUAUGGCUCCAGCCAAGAGUGUCAAUGAGGAGGAUUCAGAAUGUCAUUUUCUCCCGACACAUAUCCGAACUGCCGAUGAUGCUGAGGAGAAAAGGAAACAAUACCGAGGAAGCUUGUGUCUACACAGCUAGGUGA